UCCGUCUCUCCAUCCGAUCCCUCUUUCCUCCUCUGCUCUGGUCUCUCUGCUACAGUCGUCGCAGAAGAGGUCUCUUCUCUCUCUCUCCGCCGGAGACGACAGUGCCCUCCGGCCGGCCUUCCCUUUCUCUCUAGCCCUCCCGGCGGGGAGAUGGCCUUGGAGGAGGAGCAGAAGCCCAAGGGAGGGGUGGCUAGAUCCAGGCUCAUUGUCCGCCUCGGGGCAUUCCUUGUCUCUCACAACGUGUUCGUUAGUGUUGUCUGCUGCAUCGCGGGGAUCAUCGCCCUCCUCCUCCUCCCCGUGCUGGCCAAGAACACCUACAUCUCCGAGAACGCCCUCAUGCCAGGUUCUGCCAAUCCAGCAUUUUCUGCUCAGGAUGUGAUGGAAGCAAACAGAUUUGUUAAAGAUCUAAUUGAUCGGAGAACCAUAGAAGGAACAGGAAUAGAAAUACCAAGAUUGAUAGGACAACAUAUGGCAGGUGUGGGUGCUGAAGUCUAUUACCAUAAGUUCUGGCCUCACAAGAAUCAGUUUCACCCUCUGCAUUUCUUCUCUUGCGCCCCCAAUACUGUGACGAUGCAAAGCAAUAGCAGCUGUGCAUCAGUUGGUGUCAAUUCCAUUGGCAUCAUACGAGCUCCUCGUGGUGAUGGAAAAGAAGCAAUUGUAUUGGUGACUCCUUACAAUCCAUGGAAAAUUGAACUAAGUGAAGCCUUAUCGCUGGGCCUUGCAUUCUCAAUCUUCUCCCUCCUUGGCCAAGUUUCAUGGCUUGCGAAAGAUAUUGUGUGGCUAGCUGCAGAUUCACAAUUUGGGGAAUAUACCUCAGUUUCUGCAUGGCUAAAAGACUACCAUAGUCCUGUUUUCUUUAGUGAAUCAGGGAAAAUGAAUGUUGAUAUGUGCUAUGAAUAUAAUAGUCAUCAAGAUUGGGAUCGUAUUACGGUGAAUUGGGCAAAUGCUAAUGCUUUCAAACGUGCAGGAACUAUGGCUGCUGCUCUUGUUCUUAAGGUCUUAGAAAAGAAGGAAAGACAGGAAAGAGAUAGCCUUACCAUAUAUGCAGAGGCAUCCAAUGGCCAGAUGCCAAACCUAGACCUCAUCAAUAUUGUCCAUUAUUUAGCAGUUCAUAGGCAAGGUUUGCGUGUAAAGAUUGCGACCAUAGGUUCAUUACUCAACUCUGUGUGGCUUAGGUCAAUUGGUGAAAUAGUGCAAAGACUUUGCAGAUUUGCUAAAAGCUUGGAUCCGAGAUGGAAAUAUGAUAUUACUUCUGCUGAUUAUGUAGAAGGCAGUGCUACACUUGCAAGCUCAAUGUAUUAUCAGGCAAUUGGGGUGCCCACUGGGUCACAUGGUGCUUUCCGUGAUUACCAGGUGGAUGCAGUAACUCUGGAGCUCUCUCCCUGGUUUUCUCUGAAAAAUGAGAACAGUCAAUCUGCAUUCCUUCUGAGGGGUGGCAGGACAUAAUAUCGUUUUAGGGGACACCCUCCUCCAGGGUCUGUCAGGUGCUGAAUUUUAGCCUCAUGGUGCUGCUAUUUAACACCUAGGCUAGAGCCUCUACAAGAAACAUGGGUUCUAACAGGUCGGCAAGCUUCUUGGUGAUGUAAAUGAGCAUACUUUCCAAGGGUCCAUUGAGUCACUUGUCAUGGCCUUAUGGUUGGAGUAUGUGGAAAUUGCAUGGGUGGGUGGGGUCUUUAGAGUUAAACAUGCAUGUUGGUUACUUGGUUGUGAUGAUUCCCUUGGCAUGCGUGGACAGUGUGAUGCCCCCAAAGGUUAGCAAUUCUUUGUAUGGUUGAGACCUGGGAUCUCCUUCAUGCUAUGAUAAGUAUCAAGCUUGACCUGUGAUCCCCUUCAACCGUAAAAUCAUCUAGAAUCAUCUUGACAGACAGAAAAUCUAGGUUGGAGAAAGCAUAAGUAGGCUGGCUAACUAUGAAAAUUAGCGAAUUAUGUGGAUGAGUCUAUGAAGGGCACAAAAUGAUAUGUUAUAGGAAUAGCAGUUUAGAACUCUCUCUCUAUCUCUCUCCCCCCCUCCCCUGCCACCCAAUUGUGUGUAUGGGAUUUUUGUCUGAAGGAAUAAAAUUUUCACUCCGUGCUUGCAAUGAUAAGAAAAUUAAUAUUUAUAUUGUGCUCGAAUUUUCUUCAAUGCUUUCCAAGUUGGGGCUAUACUUGUUCUAUUUAACUGAAGGCGUCCUUUACAAUAUUUCAAUUUUCUUUAUGUUAGUACAUGUAAAUAUGAGUUCUCAGUUACAGUAAAGUUGGACGUGGGGGAGAAUUGCCUCCUCACACCUGUACCUGUGCACAUGCACAUGUCCUUACCACCUUCCUAUUGAGUAGCGUAUUACAAAUUAGUAGUCUGGUAAGCCCUAAGUGCCUUGGGCAGCUUUUCAUUGUCAAGUAUAUGCUCUUCAGUUGUCGUUUUUUAUAAUACUAUGGCACCCUGAACACUUACAUGAUAGAGAAACUACUCCAGAAGGAUUGACAGAGUAAAGAAGCUCGUGUCAAGGUUUGAAACACUUAUUUUGUGCAAGUUCAUUUUAGUGUUUUACUUAAUCUGUUGAUGUGCCAUAAGGUGACAUUAAAAAUCUUAUUGACAUAUGCAAUAAAGUAUGUUUUUCAGAAUCAAUGGCUUAAAAAAUUAAACAGGGAACACAUUGGACUUACAGAUUUGCUAACUUAGAGAAAGAAAAGAUAUUAUGUUCAGAUGCUGUUUCAAGUGUAUAAUUUACAUAAGUAAAUACAGUCUUGUAAAAUAGCUCGAUUCAGGACUCCAUAUUUCUUAUAUUCAAAACUAUUAUUUUUUUUCUUUUUUCCAUUUUCAUGUUGCACUCUGAAGUUGCCUCUUGAGGCCAAAAAGAAGAAAUGCAAUACACUGGUACUUUGGUAGAUGAAAAGGGCAAGAUUUAGUCAAAAGCUAUUUCUUUCAACCAAUUAGGCUUUUUAACCAUGCUCAUAAAAGUACUAAUAUCCACAAUAAAUAUAUCUUACCAUGUACGAGGAAUUACAGAUAUACAGUUUACUUUGGAUAUCUGACCGCACUGGUGGAGACCAUGCUACCAGAACAUAUUAUCCGAUUGAGAGAGAUAAGGAUCAUUUGAAUUCCUCUCCAUCCUAUACCAAUUUAAGGAUGGAUUCUCUCAUUAGUGUAUGACAGAGUGGAAUAAAAUUUUGAACUCAGUUACAAGCUGUUCAUCUCUAGGACAUUUUUGAAGUUCUUUCUUUUUUCCUCCAAGCAUCACUUUUUCUAUUGUCAUAAAUAAAGAUUGAUGAGUACAUUAAUUCCAUAAUGUGUAUAGCUUGCAAUAGAAUUUCAUCUCAUUUCCCUUUACCGGUGAGUAGAUGGCUACUGAUGGCUUGUAAUACUUUCCUGCUAUUUUUGUAUAGUUGGCAAUGACAGAUGAAUGCUACUGAUGGUUUGUAACUGGUAGAUAGGAUGCUAACCUGUUAUGUUGCAGCAAAGGCCGCAACCUUGUGAGACAUCAGUCUAUAAAAGUUGUUGGAUCUCUAAAUUGGUCUGCUGACGUCUGUUGAAAUGUUUGGACUUGUUC